GUCCGCCGCUGCCAAUAUCUCUAUCUUCCUCUCCUUAAUUUCGUCAUUCGUCUCGUCUCCCCUUCUCCCCUUUUAUUAUUACUCAUAGUCUCAUAUACACAUCUAUAGAUAACGAGAGAGAGAGAGAGAGAUGGAGAUAACGCCGAAGAGGUACUUGCGGAGGUGGAGAGGAUACGAGAAGCUUGAUGGGUCGUCUUCAUCAGAGAAGAAACCGGGUCGAAGGACAGGGAAACGGGUCAAAAUGGAUCCGACAAGAAAGAAACGGUUUUGGAGGAUCAAGAUCGUGCCGAAACUGAGGAUCCUGAAAAAGGCAUCGCCCAAGAAGUUUUUUGUGUGGCUACGUGAUUCUUAUGUCAAGAUGAUGAUGCCUUUGGCUAACUCACGGGUUGUCGGAUCUUCUGGAUACGGUGGAUCCGGACUCGGGUCGGGUCCAGCGAAGGAGUAUGAUGAGAAAAUGCUCGUGGAGAUUUACAAGACGAUAUUGAUGGCGCAGGCUCAGGGGAAUCUCGUGCACCGCGACACACCUAAUAAUAAUAUCAACAACAAGGUUGCUUUCCGUAAGCUUCUUUCAUUACUUCUAACAAUGGAGGUAACUGAUCUUUGGAGAGAAAUUGAACAUUCUGAGAGUUACCUAGUGUGCUCUAUGUUUGAAGAGGCAAAAUCAUCAUCUUCAUCCAUUCUGAAAACAAUAUUUAGCAACAUUGAUGUUUUAUCUGAGGAGGAAGCUUUUGGUGAUCACCAAUUGCAUGAUCUGUUGGAAUCUGCUGGUAUGGUUUUAGUCCAAUCUUUGCAUGGAAUCAGCAGGACAAUUGAGAUUGUAAACGAGUUGAGAAAUGUGUUUGACGAAAUUGCAGCUAUUCCUGUUCAAGUUCUUCUCACUGGAAUAUGCCUUCAAAUAUCAAAUGGUUCCUACUCCGGAGUAAGUGAGAUUCUGCAAGAUUUUUUUAGCAUAUGGGUUUACAAAGACAACCACUAUACCCUGAAUGAUGCUGGAGUAAGUGCAAAAGGGCUCCAUGGGAAAAUAUCUAUAGAUAUUGAUGAGUUCUUAGAAGUUGUAGAGCUGUAUAUCUUUGGAGUUCUUGCAAAAGUUUCUGAUGAUGUGGGUUUAGCCAUUUCAUGGAUAGAGAAAGCUGCAUUGCCUGAGGAUAGACGACAGGGGCUUUUGAGAAGAUUACAAUCUUUAUUGUCCCUCAAAACAACAAACGUUCCGGUGGCUACUUCUUUAGAGGAAGAUUCCAAGGAUUCUUCUUCUUAUGCCGUAGUGAAUAAGCCUAAGGAUUCCAAGAAUUAUGAGAUUGAUUCUGGCCUGAAACUCUCUAAACAACAUGAACCUUCGCCACUUUGGUCAUCCCAUCCUCUAAGCUUCAAGCUUGGUAAUACCCAAUUUAGCAUGUCCAAGGGAAAGAUUGCUAUAAGCCUUGUUGGAUUAAUCAUAUGUUAUGCUUUGAAGAGAAAACAAGCUACUUUGAUACGGAUCAUUCGCAGACAAAUGGAGUCCACAAGAAAAACAUUUGUAGAUUUCUGGAAGCUUGCGUUUUCAUACCAAGUGAAUCCUCUUGCAGCAAUUCAAUCCAUACCAAACAGCACAACAUGAGACAAUUGAUGCACAAUAAGAUGGAUCAAAAACCCGAUUUUGCGUAGAAUUAAAGCUGCAUCCUUUUUAUGUUUCGCCUUAGGCUUUAGCACAGCCUAUAUUUAGUUACUCAAAGUGUGUUGUAUAAUUAGAUCAUGUGUCUAGAAAAUGUCUUUCUAUGUUAAACCAACACUAUCAUAUGUAAUGUUAAAGGUAAUAUACCAAAGCUAUCCCAAAUACAUUUUCAUACA